CCUUACCCGGAGGACUAACAUCUUGGUACACUGCUGGCUAUGAGUGAGGGCUCCUCGAUCGUACGCACAAUCUACAUCUACACCAUUAGGUACUGCUGCUGUGAGCUGUGAGUUAUGAGCUGUGAGUAAGAUAUCCACACAUAGUAGAUCGUCCAUGGACCUUCUAGCCUUUUCUUCUCAUUUUCCAUAUCAUCCUCGAUUAUACUCUUCUCUCCAUUGUCCUCUUUCCUCCAUCGAUCUCUUCUCUACAUCGUCCUUCCGUACACACAUCCACAAAGCUCAAACCAUGUCCGACCCCCCAAAGCGAUGGAGUUGGGCCCGACCUCUCAGCUUUUCCGGAUUUCGUCCACGGUCCAGCUCGAGAAGGUCAGUCACAGUCGUCGAUGAUGACCUGCAGCUGCGGAGUAUUCCGCAGAUCCCCUCGGACGAGAAAUCAGAUAAGGACGAGGACAAGGACGAGGGCGAGGAGAAAGAGUAUGUGGCCGUUGCCAAAGAAAACGAACUACUGGACCUGAUCGGAACUCCGGCUGCACCUGCCGGCCCCCACUCGGCCCCUCUUCCUCUUUCUCCAGAGGAAGACACGGCCUCUCCCAACUCCAUCUACGCCAGCCGACCCGACGUGAUCCAGCGGCGGAGCAGCUAUAAGUUCCUGGAAUCACCGCUGGCAAAGUGGCGGCCGACGAGUUUGCCGUCUAGAGUGCUGAGCGGUGGUGGUGACAGCAGCUCCCCGGAGUCGGUUGGGUCUCACCGGAGUGGCGCUGGAAAUGACGAUGAUUCGUCGUCGGGAAAGGUGAAGAAGAUAAAAACCGACACUCUCACCGCCAACACCCCCCCAUUCUCCAACCUCAAUUUCCACGCUUCAUUGCAGGAAUGGAACGCCAUGCGCCACUCUGCCGGCUCCGGCUCCGGUCAUCCAGAAGAAAACAAAACCAAAAUCAAAAUCCCAGAAACGGGCCUCGGACCAGCGGGCGGAGAAGCGCCAGCUGAAGCCUCGAAGAGCAGUGAUCAGAGCAGGACUCCCAGCCCUGCGGACUCCUCCUCCUCCUCCGGCUUGGAGGUCUGGGAGCUCGUCGGAAGUUGUGCAAAAGUGUCGCCAAAGGGAACGUAUAUACCGACCCGGGAGGAGGAACGGGUAGAUAAGCUGCUGGAUGCUAGGCUGGAACUUCUUCUGGAUGAUUUCAAAGGUGCGACUGGCCUAGAGGGAAACGUGGAGGUGAAAACUCAUGGUACUUCCUCGGGAAAUUGUGGUGGCGACGAGGAGUUGCCGGGCAAAGAAGAAGAGGCCGGUAUCGUCGAGACUUCAGUCGUCGAGAAGAUUCAUCACGAGGGCCAGUUGGAGGUUGAUAUGACUAUGGGUACUGAGAACAAGAACAAGAACGACGUGGAAGAACUGGAUAUCGAGCACAAGUCUCGUGGAAAGAAUAAGCACAAUAUGGAGCUUUCGGGGAAUGCAGAAGACGUUCCUGAGGCUUCUAUCAUGGAAGAAAAUUCUGGAGAUGUUCGGUCUGAGUCACGUGACGAUAAAGCGGCAUAUAAGAACGGAAAGGAUGCAAAGGAUGGGGAAAACCCGGAGGUUAGUUCUGGCCAGCAUGGACAGAACGAUGACCAACAACACAUAGAGACUCUCGAGAACGGAGGGGAUAUUCUUGAAACUUCCAUCAUGGAAGAAAAUUCUGAAGAAUUCCGACCUGACGAUAAAGGGGCGUAUAAGAAUGAGAAGGGUGUGGAGGAACCAGGGAUUGGUUCUGGCCAUCAUGGACAGAACGUUGACUACACGGAGAUUCUCGAGAACAGAGAGGAUAUUUCCAAGACUUCCACCGUGGGGGAGAUUGUCGGCGACGUCCAACCGGGUGAUCAGGUUGAAGCAGAGUCCGGAAAAGCCAUUUCCCCUUUGUUUGAUAUUCUCGUCACUCAGAAUUUACAAGCCACAAUUGAAGGAGUGGGAAACAACACUUCUUCAAUGACCACUAGCUCCAUUGCCGGAGAAAUUAACACACCGUCGACCGCUACUACUACUGUUAGCCCUAUAAAAACGGAUGUGCAGAACAUUGGUUCAAUCAAUGGAACCAACCAGCAGCAGACUCUCAACUUCACUCCUGGAAACCCCUGCCCGGAGGAGAACGUACAGCAGCCGAACAAGGUAGCCCAGGUUGACAUAUCAGCGGGCACCUCCAUCCCCGCAUCCUCUCCAGGACUUCAAGCCAGAACCCCGCGUCAUGCCCGCAAACAACCGGUCAUGACGCCGAGGCCGCGUAUCAUGAAAUGGGAAACGGACGGAGCCGCGGAGGACGACGACGAGCCCUGGAGCAUCAGGACUGCCAAGAACCACCCGCAGCGGGACCCCACGGGAUGGGUUUCAAUGAUCGCCGAGGAUGAGGCUGAAAUCGUCGCUGCGUACAAGAAGAGGGAGGAGAUUUCCAAGCAGUUCAGGCGCGUCUUCCGCGGUGAGGGCGUGAAUUAGCCUUGCGUGUUACUGGAUCUUAAUCAGUGUGCCGCGCGCCAGGCAAGUGGGAUGGUCUGCAAUUGGGGCGAUACCGGUAGGUCCAUAGCAACUACAUAAUUGAGACGGUUUCUCCUUGUGCACACUGUGGAGUC